GCGCCAGCACUUCAAGGAGGCCGAGGUGCGCGUGUACGGGGGUGAGAUCGUGCUGGCCUUGGAGCAUCUGCACCAGCUCGGCAUCAUCUACCGAGACCUGAAGCUGGAGAACGUACUGCUGGAUUCUGAGGGCCACAUCGUCCUCACGGACUUUGGGCUGAGCAAGGAGUUCCUGACAGAGGAGAAAGAGCGAACGUUCUCCUUCUGUGGCACCAUCGAGUACAUGGCCCCCGAAAUCAUCCGCAGCAAGGCUGGGCAUGGCAAGGUGGGUUGGCAGGAGAGCGGGGGUGGCGGGUGGGUGGCCGGGGGGCCGCGGGGCCUGCCUGGGCAGGGCCAUGGGGGGGCUCGCUGCCCCUGACGCCCCCCCCAUCCUCCCAGACGGAUCCUGAAGUGCUCCCCUCCCUCCCCCCCCCGGAUCGGGCCUGUGGCACAGGACCUGCUGCAACGCCUGCUUUGCAAGGACCCCAAGAAGCGACUGGGCGCGGGGCCCCAGGGCGUACAAGAAGUCAAGGGCCACCCCUUCUUCCAGGGUUUGGACUGGGCUGCUCUGGCUGCCAGGAAGAUCCCGGCUCCGUUCCAGCCCCAGAUCCGCUCGGAGCUGGACGUGAGCAACUUUGCAGAGGAAUUUACGCGGCUGGAGCCAGUCUACUCGCCCCCCGGCAGCCCCCCGCCCGGGGACCCUCGCGUCUUUCAG